ACGCAACCUAAAAAAUAAAAAUAAAAAAAUAUAUAUUCGUUAUUGAUCGUUAAUAUAAAAAAUUCUCUAUACGGGUUUUGAGAGAGAGAGAAUAAAAUCGUUGAAAACCAAUCGUGUUCGAAUUCGAAUAUUAUCGUCUUUGUCGCUUUGUUGAAUGACAUCAUCGAAAUUUUAACAGCCCCACGCACAUAUACGACAUACGGAAAUGGAUUACGCAAAACACUAGCGGAAUGAUAGCGCCAGGCAGUGAAUAAAAAUGACCCAAAGCACCCAACUGGGGCUGGCAAAGCAACAACAACAACAACCAAAUCCAAAUAGAAAGUAACACCGCAAAGGCAUCAGCUUUGCAGGACACCACACGAAAUACGGCAAGGACCUCACUAGCGGCCGAGAUAACAUCAAAUAAAGCCAUUUUAAUUGCAACCACACGAGACGAAUCGAAGACGAAAGACAUUCGGCAGGAGUUAUGAACAUGUCCAAACGAAUUAUUCUACCACUCGGCGAGUUGUAAUAAAAACGGAUUAAUAGAGGAAACGAAAAAAUACCUCCUCCUCCUCCUCGUCUUCGCUUCCAGAAGAAGAUUUUAAUUCAAUUCGAAAUCCUAACUUCAGAGAUCUUUAAUUAAUAAUUUAUUUGUUUGCAAUAAAUAAAAAUCCACCUCCAAAACAACAAAAACAAUAAAACGUGUGAAAAACCCGGAGAAACGAAGAAAAGUGAUAUCGGCGCACACACACACACAAGCUCACAUGGUGAAAAAAAAAUCACGGAUACUCCCCGAGUUGUGUUAACGCGAACGCAGUGUGAAACAUUAGAACGCCCACGGUGAAUCCUUAGAGGAUACAAAACUUUUCCCAACGUGAUAGCACAGUGAAAACCCACCCACAUUCCAGGGAAGAGAACAAAAGCCACGAACGAGAGUGAAUUUUAAAAACACAAACCCGAAAAAAAAUCAAAGUAACAAAACCAAAAACGACGCUGAAAAGUUACAAAGCUAAGCAAAAAUGAAGGGUUUGACGGCGAUUAAAGAGAAAGCCACGGGAGUCCUUGGUGGCAUCAAACCCACUUUCGAAAAUUUCGAAGUCUCGAAGGGCUACCAUGGCGGUCUGGGUGGCUAUGAGGAGAUGGCGGGCGGUGAACGUGAAGGUGAGGGUCCCGGUGGUGGUAUACCCUACGACGAUGAUAGACCUGAUUCGCCGGCAUCAUUUGAAGAAAUCGAACGGCCACCGUUGAGAAAAAUCGAUAAAUAUUGUAAAGCCGAGUGUCCUUGUAUGUCGGCACGUUAUACCAUUGCCACGAUGGCGUGUAUCGGAUUUAUGAUUGCCUUUGGCAUGCGUUGCAAUAUGUCGGCGGCCAAAUUGAAGGGAGAACACAAUGGGACAGCCUUUAUGAACUGGACAGUGGCCACGGAGAGUCAUGUCGAUUCAUCAUUUUUCUGGGGCUAUUUGAUAACCCAAAUACCGGGUGGUUUUAUCGCAUCGAAAUUUCCCGCAAACAAAAUCUUCGGCUUGUCGAUUGCCAGUUCGGCAACAUUGCAUUUAUUUGUGCCAUUCGCCAUGACUUUGAUGCACGGACAUGUGGUGAUAUGUGUGCGUAUCCUGCAGGGCUUGUUUGAGGGUGUCACCUAUCCCGCCUGCCAUGGUAUUUGGCGUUUUUGGGCUCCACCCAUGGAACGUUCUCGUCUAGCCACACUGGCUUUCAGUGGUUCCUAUGCCGGUGUUGUCGUUGGCCUGCCUUUAUCCGGCCUGCUGGCGGACACGUUGGGUUAUCAGGCACCAUUCUAUGCCUAUGGAGUAUUCGGAAUUAUAUGGUACAUGUUCUGGCUUUGGCUGUGUUUUGAGAAUCCACGCAAACAUCCUGCCAUCAGUAUACCCGAAUUGAAAUAUAUUGAAAAGUCGCUGGGCGAGACAUCAGCACAUCCAACAAUGCCGAAUUUGAAAACAACACCAUGGCGUGAAAUGGCCCGAUCAAUGCCCGUCUAUGCCAUUAUUGUGGCGAACUUUUGUCGUUCGUGGAAUUUCUAUUUGCUGGUCCUGUUUCAGUCUUCCUUCCUAAAGCAUAAAUUCCAUUUCAAAAUUGAGGAAGCUGGUUUUGUGGGGUCACUGCCACAUUUGAUUAUGACCACCAUUGUACCGUUCGGUGGCAUGUUGGCUGAUCAUUUGCGGAAAAAUGGCAUUAUGUCGACAACAAAUGUGAGAAAGCUGUUCAAUUGUGGUGGCUUCGGUAUGGAGGGUAUAUUCUUUUUGUUCGUGGCACAUUCGGAUACGGCGACUGGUGCCAUGUUUGCAUUGACCUGUGGUGUGGCCUUUUCCGGCUUUGCCAUCUCUGGCUAUAAUGUCAAUCAUUUGGAUAUUGCCCCCCGCUAUGCCAGUAUUUUGAUGGGUCUGUCAAAUGGCAUUGGUACCUUGGCGGGAAUUAUUGUACCCUAUGCUUUGGAUGGUCUAAUACAGGAGAAUCCUGAGGGAUGUUGGACCACUGUUUUUACCCUGGCCGCUUGUGUUCAUUUAGUAGGUUGCACUUUCUAUGCCAUCUUUGCCUCGGGCGAAUUGCAACCCUGGGCUGAACCUCCACCAGAAGAGGAGCAGAAGGUGUGGGCCCCUCCCAUGGGAGCCAUUACGGAAGAUCCUUCACAGGGUGGUGCAGUUGGUGGUUACAUGAAGGAGACCUCAUUUGGUGAGGCACCACCACCAUAUACGGAACAAAGUCAAAUGCAACAAUCGAAUACCGUUAAUUAUGGGGCGACAGGACACGUGGCCAACAAUCCAUUUGCCAUGGCUGGUGCCACAAUUGCCGAGGAGAGCAUGCAACCUGAUGUGGCCGGCGGUAUGGCAACGGGUAGUUCAUAUGCCACAUAUGACUACACGGCUGGCCAGGGGACAGCCACCGCCCCCGCCAUGGGGCAAUUACCCCAAAUGCCAUCAUAUGAACAACAAUAUCCUCAAUAUCAGACACAAUAAAAAAGAGACCUCCCAACUUCAACUACUCCCACAUCACAGACAGCAGGACUAACAUAAAAAACUAAACAAAUUAUAUCAGGUAAGAGAUAGCCGCCAAAAAAAGGGGUGAUAGAUCACACAACAACAUUUAAUGGAUAAUAAGACAAAAAUAUAACAGCAACAACAAGAACAAUAACAUUAACAUUAAAAACCCUCACACACAUAUAUAUUUAAAAAGCAAUCAAUAUUUCAAAUAUAAUUAACAAAUAAUGAAAAUAACAACAAAACCCAACUGCUAAUCCAAACAAACAAACAAGUAGUAACGAAACCAAAGUACGAAACAUUUAAACAAAUUUAAACUAAAUCAAAUAUACAAACAAAAACAAGAACAACAACAAUGCCCAAAAAAAAAACAAAAACAGAAACAUAAAUCGUUAAAAUAUCAUUAAUUAUUAAAAAAAAAAAACUAAACUAAAUUUCUGCAUAGAUAAAAUUUAUUUACAAUUAAUUGUUAAAAGCCAAACAAAAAAAAUUAAGAAACAAAAAAGAUGGAGAGCAUAAAAGAAUUAUUUACAAUUAUUAUUAUUAAAAUGGUGUUAUUUUAUAUCCAAACAAAAGGCAAUGAAAGAAGGACAAUUUGAAAUCUUGUAUGUGUUUUCAA